AUGGGUUGCUGGUUCUCCAAAAAAUCAAAGAGAAAAUCACCCGAAAAGGAGCCUACUCCGACGACUGUGGAAGAGAAGAGGAACAGCAGUAGCAACGCCAACAACAUUUCCCUCAGCAGCAAGGCAACGGAGGAUCCACCUAAACAAUACAGCUGGGACAAACGUGAAAAGGUAUGGAGAGGAUGCAUGCAUGGCCAGGGAGACUAGCGGUGAGGAUGUAUGCAUGGCCAGGGAGACUAGCGGUGAGGAUGCAUGCAUGGCCAGGGAGACCAGCGGUGAGGAUGCAUGCAUGGCCAGGGAGACUAGCGGUGAGGAUGCAUGCAUGGCCAGGGAGACUAGCGGUGAGGAUGCAUGCAUGGCCUGGGAGACUAGCGGUGAGGAUGUAUGCAUGGCCAGGGAGACUAGCGGUGAGGAUGUAUGCAUGGCCAGGGAGACCAGCGGUGAGGAUGCAUGGCCAGGGAGACUAGCGGCGAGGAUGCAUGCAUGGCCAGGGAGACCAGCGGUGAGGAUGCAUGCAUGGCCAGGGAGACCAGCGGUGAGGAUGCAUGCAUGGCCUGUAAAUGUAAAUGAGACUAGCUCCUGAAAAACGGUCAAAGAACGUUGUUUGAGCUGGAACACUAGCGCGAGGCCAUAGCAAAUGAAUUGAAACGAAUCUUAAAAUGCCAUUUAGCAGACUUGUGUAUGGGUGGUCCCGGGGAUCGAACCCACUACCCUGGCGUUACAAGCGCCGUGCUCUACCAGCUGAGCUACAGAGGACCAAUCUUCGCUGAACCUCUUCUGACUGGAAUGAUCCUUAGAAGUCCAUGUUCCCUAAAUGGCACCAACAAAUGUAUACCUUUUUAUUUUACCACUACAAUCUGUUCUUAGGACGAAACUGAAAAAGAACAACUCGUGUAGAAAGUAAACAUCCGCACCUCAAGUGUGCUUAUGUCUGCAUAACGAGGAAGUAGGGAAAAAAAUUGCAACUUCUGACUAUUUCGGGUCUAGUGAUCGAUGACAGCAGAGUAUGCUGCCCAGCCUUACAUAAUUAGAAAGAGGAGAUUCUCAUGAUUAAAAUGGUGUCCGACUUGAAAAAAUCAAAAUACACACAUCGUGAAAUAUUUGGCAAAAUAGACAUACAUGUCCGUGUAGAAUUUUCCCAUAGGGAAACAAUGGGGCAGCCUCAGAGUUCCGACAAUAAUGUGUACUUUUUUUACAUUUUAAAUGCUAGCUUUUGAUGACAACUGAGUACACUGCCCAGCCUUACAUCAUUAGAAAGAGGAGAUUAUCCUGAUUUAAAAUUGUGUUUGACUUGAAGUAAUCAAAGUAUACACAUUGCGAGAUAUGUUGUGAAAUAAUCACACACCUAUAUUUCCCCUGUAGGAAACAACGGGACGACCUCAGACUUCCAGGAGUAUCAUUUUAUUUGUUGACGUUUUAACUACCAGUAAUUGGUCACAGCAUUGUACGCUGCCCAAACUUACAUCAUUAGAAAUAAUAGGUUAUCCUGAUUUUAAAAUGGUGUAGAACUUCAAACCAUUAAAAUGCAUACAUUUUGAGAUAUUUGGCGAAAUAGACAGACCUCCCUAUUUCCCCAAAACAAUGGCAGUCUGAAAGUUAUAAGAGCAGUCUUUUUAUUUAACCAGCUGACCAUUUAUCUACGACCAUUUGCCUUUAUGUGUUGAACAUUUUGUGGUUUCUAAUCUAGCAGUUAAGAGCAUUGGGCAGUAACCGAAAGUUGGCUGGUUCGAAUCCCCGAACCAACUAGGUGAAAUAUCUGUUAUGUACAUUUACAUUACAUUUUAGUCAUUUAGCAGACGCUCUUGUCCAGAGCGACUUACAGUUAGUGCAUACAUUAUUUUUAUAUUUUUCAUACUGGCCCCCCAUGGGAAUCGAACCCACAACCCUGGCGUUGCAAACACCAUGCUCUACCAACUGAGCUACAUCCCUGCCGGCCAUUCCCUCCCCUACCCUGGACGACGCUGGGCCAAUUGUGCGCCGCCCCAUGGGUCUCCCGGUCGCGGCCGGGGUUGUGGGCGCCGCCCCAUGGAUCUCUAGUGGCACAGCUAGCACUGUGAUGCAGUGCCUUAGACCACUGCGCCACUCGGGAGCCCCUUGAGCAAGGCACUUGCCGUAGUCGCUCUGGAUAAGAGCGUCUGUUAAAUGACGUAAAUGUAAACAAGGCCUCUAUGGGAAAGUGUGGCAAUAACUUAUUAACUUUUCAUUAUUCACAGAUCUACUUUUUUUUAAAUGAAUUAACUAAAUGUAAGGUGUUUGUCAAUUUCAUUGUUUGUUAUGCUAUAAAUUGUUAUUUUAUAGUUGUAAGUGAUAAAAUGUACUAGAAAAUUGUAUAUUUAGCAAUUCUGAGCAAUUACUACUUUAGGAAGGAUAUACACUUUAUUCAGUACUACUGCAGUUGCUAAAUAAUUCCAAUAGAUGGCAGCAUAAGACCACGAAUGACAUUUCAGAAGCUUAGUUUAGUUUUUUCCCUGGAUACACCACCACUCCCCCUCACAGGAAAACUCCUGCACACGCUUUUUACUGUCCCUUUCCACACUGCUAACGCAAGAGGAACGACUGAAAAAGCAUUUAACACAUUACUGUGAAGUAAUAUAAUGAUGAUUCAUGUUUAUUAUUACCUGUUUUUAUGCUCAUGUUUUGAAAUUAUACUUCAUUACAAUAACGAUUAUCAUAAGCCUAAACAUUAAUUCAGUCACAUCUGAUCGACAAAAACGUAUUUCCCAAGUACAUUCAUUGUCAAAUUCAUCAAGCAGCAUCGACCCGCUCUGCCAACUCAACAAGCCCCGCGGCAGCGAGCACUCUGCCUUCCUCGUAAAUGUGUUAACCGCGGAUUGCAUGAUGUAAUUUAUUGGCGGGCAGGAAGAUUUACCCUUGUCUUUUCUAUUCCGAGGCUGUUUACACCCAAUAUGAUACGUUAAGAGGGUUUAUUAAAACGUAUGUCUACUAGGGUUGAGGUUAGCGCAUCUGACUAGUGAUUUAAUUGGCCGGGGUUCAAUAACUGAUAUAGUCACUAUUUUUUUGCUCACCCAAAAGCAACACAGGCCUAAUACGAUAUAUAUAUAUAUAUAUAUACACCCCUCUUCCUGGGGUCCAGCAAAAUUAAGGCAGUUCAUAUAAUUUUUGUAACAUUACAAUACAUUCAUAACAGAUUUCACAACACACUGUGUGCCCUCAGGCCCCUACUCCACCACUACCACAUAUUUACAACACAAAAUCCAUGUGUACGUGUGUGUGUAUAGUGCGUAUGUUAUCGUGUGUGUGUGCAUGUGUCUAUGUUUGUGUUGCUUCACAGUCCCCGCUGUUCCAUAAGGUGUUUUUUUUAUCUGUUUUUUUUUUUAAAUCAAAUUUUACUGCUUGCAUCAGUUACCUGAUGUGGAAUAGAGUUCCAUGUAGUCAUGGCUCUAUGUAGUACUGUGCGCCUCCCAUAGUCUGUUCUGGACUUGGGGACUGUGAAGAGACCUCUGGUGGCAUGUCUUGUGGGGUAUGCAUGGGUGUCCGAACUGUGUGCCAGUAGUUCAAACAGACAGCUCAGUGCUUUCAACAUGUCAAUACCUCUCACAAAUACAAGUAGUGAUGAAGUCAAUCUCUCCUCCACUUUGAGCCAGGAGAGAUUGACAUGCAAAUUAUUAAUAUUAGCUCUCUGUGUACAUCUAAGGGCCAGCCGUGCUGCCCUGUUCUGAGGCAAUUGCAAUUUUCCUAAGUCCGUUUUUGUGGCACCUGACCACACGACUGACCAGUAGUCCAGGUGCGACAAAACUAGGGCCUGUAGGACCUGCCUUGUUGAUAGUGCUGUUAAGAAGGUAGAGCAGCGCUUUUAUUAUGGACAUACAGUGGGGAAAAAAAGUAUUUAGUCAGCCACCAAUUCCAGGCUACCUGGACUAUUUGCAUUGUCCCCCCAACCCCACCCCACCCCCUCUUUUACGCUGCUGCUACUCUCUGUUUAUUAUCUAUGCAUAGUCACUUUACCCCUACCUACAGUGGGGGGAAAAGUAUUUAGUCAGCCACCAAUUGUGCAAGUUCUCCCACUUAAGAAGAUGAGAGAGGCCUGUAAUUUUCAUCAUAGGUACACGUCAACUUUGACAGACAAAUUGAGGGGAAAAAAUCCAGAAAAUCACAUUGUAGGAUUUUUAAUGAAUUUAUUUGCAAAUUAUGGUGGAAAAUAAGUAUUUGGUCACCUACAAACAAGCAAGAAUUCUGGCUCUCACAGACCUGUAACUUCUUCUUUAAGAGGCUCCUCUGUCCUCCACUCGUUACCUGUAUUAAUGGCACCUGUUUGAACUUGUUAUCAGUAUAAAAGACACCUGUCCACAACCUCAAACAGUCACACUCCAAACUCCACUAUGGCCAAGACCAAAGAGCUGUCAAAGGACACCAGAAACAAAAUUGUAGACCUGCACCAGGCUGGGAAGACUGAAUCUGCAAUAGGUAAGCAGCUUGGUUUGAAGAAAUCAACUGUGGGAGCAAUUAUUAGGAAAUGGAAGACAUACAAGACCACUGAUAAUCUCCCUCGAUCUGGGGCUCCACGCAAGAUCUCACCCCGCGGGGUCAAAAUGAUUACAAGAACGGUGAGCAAAAAUCCCAGAACCACACGGGGGGACCUAGUGAAUGACCUGCAGAGAGCUGGGACCAAAGUAACAAAGCCUACCAUCAGUAACACACUACGCCGCCAGGGACUCAAAUCCUGCAGUGCAAGACGUGUCCCCCUGCUUAAGCCAGUACAUGUCCAGGCCCGUCUGAAGUUUGCUAGAGUGCAUUUGGAUGAUCAAGAAGAGGAUUGGGAGAAUGUCAUAUGGUCAGAUGAAACCAAAAUAUAACUUUUUGGUAAAAACUCAACUUGUCAUGUUUGGAGGACAAAGAAUGCUGAGUUGCAUCCAAAGAACACCAUACCUACUGUGAAGCAUGGGGGUGGAAACAUCAUGCUUUGGGGCUGUUUUUCUGCAAAGGGACCAGGACGACUGAUCCGUGUAAAGGAAAGAAUGAAUGGGGCCAUGUAUCGUGAGAUUUUGAGUGAAAACCUCCUUCCAUCAGCAAGGGCAUUGAAGAUGAAACGUGGCUGGGUCUUUCAGCAUGACAAUGAUCCCAAACACACCGCCCGGGCAACGAAGGAGUGGCUUCGUAAGAAGCAUUUCAAGGUCCUGGAGUGGCCUAGCCAGUCUCCAGAUCUCAACCCCAUAGAACAUCUUUGGAUGGAGUUGAAAGUCCGUGUUGCCCAGCGACAGCCCCAAAACAUCACUGCUCUAGAGGAGAUUUGCAUGGAGGAAUGGGCCAAAAUACCAGCAACAGUGUGUGAAAACCUUGUGAAGACUUACAGAAAACGUUUGACCUGUGUCAUUGCCAACAAAGGGUAUAUAACAAAGUAUUGAGAAACUUUUGUUAUUGAACAAAUACUUAUUUUCCACCAUAAUUUGCAAAUAAAUUCAUAAAAAAUCCUACAAUGUGAUUUUCUGGAUAUUUUUUUCCUCAUUUUGUCUGUCAUAGUUGACGUGUACCUAUGAUGAAAAUUACAGGCCUCUCUCAUCUUUUUAAAUGGGAGAACUUGCACAAUUGGUGGCUGACUAAAUACUUUUUUCCCCCACUGUAUUUGUAUCGUCUGAACUAUUGUCUGUCUCUUUGCAGGUUGACCCUAAGGACUUCAUGCUAACAGGGCUGAAGGAUGCCACGGUGGGCCGUCUGCCAGGCAAGCUGAACGGACAGCAGUUUGUCAUCCAGGACUGUGAGAACUGCAACAUCUUCGUGUUUGACCACUCCGCCACCAUCACCAUCGACGACUGCACCAACUGCUGCAUCGUUAUGGGGCCAGUGAAGGGCAGUGUGUUCUUCAGGGACUGUAAGGAUAUCAGGUGUGUGGUGGCCUGCCAGCAGUUCAGGACCAGGGACUGUAAGAAGAUGGAGGUGUUCCUGUGUUGCGCCACCCAGCCCAUCAUCGAGGCGUCCACGGGGAUGAAGUUCGGCUGCUUCCAGUACUACUACCCCGAGCUGGCCUUCCACUUCAAGGACGCAGGCCUCAGCAUCUUCAACAACAACUGGAGCAACGUCCAUGACUUCACGCCUGUCUCAGGGGAGACCAACUGGAGCCUGCUGGCUGAGGACACUGUGGUGCUGGACCAUGUCCCAGCCCCUGAUCCGGAGUCUGAGUUUAAAUCAGUCCGGGUCUCAGCUGAGGCAUCCCGCAGCAUCGUGCCCAUGACCAAAGGAGGCAGACGCAAGGACAGUGACGAGUCC